UUGCGCGAGCUGGGUUUGGCGCGGAAUCUGAAAUCUCUUCUUUCUAUCAACAGUCAACCACUGGAUUUCGUCAAUGAUCAGUAUCUGACUGCAGCCACUUACCUUAGCUAACUUUAUUUCCCUGUUUUCUUAGCACAAACCUACAUAACAGUUUAAUUGUGAAACUAAGUAUCUAAAUAUAGCUAUUAGUCACAGCACUUUUUCUUUACAUUUGUCAUUCAACAUCAGCUCUCCCAACCUGAGAUUAUACAAUGUCAUCCGGUCGAGGAAAACCAUCAAAGAAGGCAAAAGUAGCUGAGGAGCCAAGUGAUCUCAAAGUAUUUCACUUCGACAUGGAGGAGGAAAAGAAGGGAUUAAGUGGUUCAGAGGAAGACAUUCGUGAAGAUGAAACCCCAAUUGUUGACACCAAGUCAACAAAAAGACGACCUGGGCUUUCAUUUGAAGAAGACGAUCCUACUUUGGGUGUGAGCAAUGAGGUCCAGACGAUGUUGGAGAGGUUUGGGGCUGACAUAGGCAAAGCUAUGCAGGCUAAGAGGAAGAGGUUGGAGACUUUCACCAAAAGCUCUUUAAAAGGCAGCAAUCAGAAGCUAGAGCAACUGUGGAAAACACAACAUGCCCAGAGGCAGAAGCUGACACAAGAGUACUCCCAGCAGGUGUUCUCAGUGCUACAGCAGUGGGAGACCGAUACACAGAAGUCAGAGGAGCAGGAGGAGAAGCUCAAUAACCUAUUCCGCCAGCAGCAAAAACUCUUCCAGCAGGCGAGGGUUGUUCAGAGCCAGAAGCUAAAAACCAUCAGAGAUUUAUAUGACCAGUUUGUGAAGAACAUGGACGAGAUGGAGAAGAGUCAUGAGAGUUUCCUGCAAGGGGCGCAGGUGGAGCUGAAGAAGGAGAUGGCCAUGCUGCAGAAGAAAAUUAUGAUGGACACUCAACAACAGGAAAUGGCUACCGUGCGGAAGAGUCUCCAGUCCAUGCUGUUCUAACAGGAAAUGGCUACUGUGCGGAAGAGUCUCCAGUCCAUGCUGUUCUAACAGGAAAUGGCUACUGUGCGGAAGAGUCUCCAGUCCAUGCUGUUCUAACAGGAAAUGGCUACUGUGCGGAAGAGUCUCCAGUCCAUGCUGUUCUAGACAUGAUCCUCUUAGCUAUUUAGUUCAAAGUGCCAACAUUGUGCAAUGUUCAGUAUCACUGAUGUGUUUUUAUCAACAGCAGGAUUUGUAUCUAUUUACAUUUGUAUGUUAUGGUUUAUUUAUUGUUAUUGUUGUAUUUAUUGUAUGUUGUAAACUAAACGAGUUAAGACCCAAAAUAAAUGGAGUUUCUUUUUUGUCAGAA